UCUGCGGUUGAAUUUAACAGUUGGGAGAAGUCUCCACUCAAUCUAGACCGUCCAAGUCGAAUCUCGCCAAACCCAGACGAAUCCACGACACCCGUCCACCUCCACGCUGAAGAGCAGCUUUUGCAUCCCAGCCACAGUGUCACUGGAUAUUGCCAUGUGGCUACUGGAUGAUCUGCAAUGUGCGGGAGAUGUUCCGGUCAUCAUCCGCAGCCUCAUUGCAGAGCGACGGAUUACCAGCCGGAAUUGCGGAAUGCAGGGGCGCAUUUAUUUUAUGUGGGAGGGGACGAUCUAGAAUAUUAAAACUACAAAUUAAUUUCUGGUCAAGUUAUGCUUGUAUCACCGCUGCCUGUUUAAUUGGCUUGAUGAAGCAUACUUCACUCCUGAUGAUUUGCAUCACCGAGACUUGCGCUCCAGGAAUUUUUCAAUAAAAUUUGUUUCUAGAUAGGUAUGAAGUUUUUUAUUUAUUUUUAUGUAUUUUUUAUCUCAUUUUUAUUUUU